CGCAGUCGGUAGCCGUCGCUGUCGCCGUCGACGUCGCCGGCUUGCCUCGUGCGCCGCUGAUGCGAACGCAUCUCCGGCAGCGUUCAGUGCGAGAUGAGAUCUCGUGGCUGAUGGACGUGCCGAUUCCCACUCUCGCAGUGCAGCCUCAGCACCAGACACUUGUGGCACCUACUCACUUGCCACCAGUUACCGUUAGUUUAGUUUAGUUUUGGUUUUCGAGCAACGAAUCCUAAAAUAUAUUCUUGCCACAUAAAAAAAAGUUCAAUAAAUGUGCGUGUGUUGCAACAUCAUUGAAAUUUAAGGAGCAAAACGGCAAACAAAAACCAAGCAAAAAAUAUGUGAAAAUUUUAAAGAGAAAAGGGUGAACACUCCAACGACGCACAGCCUCACCCACCAACAAAAAAAUUACAUAAUAAUAAUAAUACAACAAAAUCCGUCUGAAACAACCACCUAGCAACAUCAACCGUGAAAUUGCAAUAGAUUUUUCGAACAGGCCAGACACUAAGUCCUUCCCAACCGCCCCCCAAAACAGGAAGCCAGGACGUAUAAUAGCAAACAACUUGGCAACCAGCGGCUAACGACGCAAUGCAAUCAUCGACCGAUGCGGGCAAUGGUGGACCUAGAAAAUACACGCAGAGCACAGCACAGCAGCAGCAGCAGCAGAAGCAGUCGGAGAUUAGCGAAACCACCUCCUUUUCCAUAAACUCCAACAAUCAACCACAACAGCAGCAACCACAUUCCGGCGACAGCAGCAGCACUCCCAGCAAAAAUCCCUUCAAGCAACAGUUGGACAGCAAUCAACAGAAUGGCAACAUGGACCAGGAUUGUGGGAUUCUGGGCGUUGGCAAGGAGAAACCGCCGCCCCCACCACCACCCACUUACCAGUCGCAGUCGUUUGGUGGACGCCAGCCACCGCCGGCGGAUCAGUACCGGCAGGAGGAUCCACGCGCUGCCGGGUCCUGGUCCGCCGCCAAGUCCUGGAUGGUUAGCUGGCGUGGUUCUAACCGGCUCGUCCUUGUCAUUGUUGCCAUAGCUCUGCUUCUGGACAAUAUGCUGUUGACCACAGUGGUGCCCAUCAUACCCGAGUUCCUGUACGACAUACGACAUCCGGACGCACCGCUCGACAGCUAUGCCCGGACACCGCUCACCUUCAACACCCCACCGCCGCCGACGCCGUGUCCUUGCAACAAAGAUGGCAGCGAGGCAGCCCCGCUGGAGGUCUCCACGCUGAGUCCGGAGGAAAACGAGACCUACUACCGCGAACUGGAGGAGCGCCACAACGAGCUGGUGGGCGAGACUGUGGAAGUGGGUCUGCUCUUCGCCUCCAAGGCCUUCGUCCAGCUUCUGGUUAAUCCGAUUGUGGGACCCCUAACGCACCGCAUUGGCUAUAGUAUUCCCAUGUUUGCUGGCUUCGUGAUAAUGUUUCUCUCCACCCUGAUCUUUGCCUUUGGACGCUCCUACCUGGUCCUGUUUGUGGCUCGGGCUCUGCAGGGAAUUGGAUCCUCCUGCUCCUCGGUAUCGGGCAUGGGCAUGCUGGCAGAUCGCUUCACCGACGACAAGGAGCGUGGCAAUGCCAUGGGCAUAGCUCUCGGUGGCCUGGCCCUGGGCGUCCUGAUUGGUCCACCGUUUGGCGGCGUCAUGUACGAGUUUGUGGGAAAAUCGGCUCCGUUCUUGGUCUUAGCUGCUCUGGCCUUGGGCGAUGGUCUUCUCCAGCUGUUCAUGUUGCAGCCUUCCAUCCAAAAGGCCGAGUCGGAGCCCCCAUCCUUGAAGAGCCUGAUCAGUGAUCCGUACAUUCUGAUUGCUGCCGGAGCCAUCACCUUCGCCAACAUGGGCAUCGCCAUGCUGGAACCUUCGUUGCCGCUGUGGAUGGUGGACAACAUGGGCGCCACCCGUUGGGAGCAGGGCGUGGCCUUCCUUCCCGCCUCCAUCAGUUACCUGAUUGGCACAAACCUCUUCGGACCACUGGGACACAAAAUUGGUCGCUGGUUUGCCGCCUGUCUGGGACUAGUUAUCAUCGGAGGAUGUUUGAUAUUUAUUCCCAUGGCCACCUCGAUUACCCACCUGAUCAUCCCGAAUGCCGGACUGGGCUUUGCCAUUGGCAUGGUGGACUCCUCGAUGAUGCCGGAACUGGGCUACCUGGUGGACAUCCGGCACUCGGCCGUCUACGGCAGUGUCUACGCCCUCGGCGACGUGGCCUUCUGUGUAGGAUUCGCCGUAGGACCGGCUCUCUCGGGAUCACUGGUGAAGAGCAUCGGCUUCGAGUGGAUGCUGUUCGGAAUCGCCAUCCUGUGCUUCAUGUACGCCCCACUGCUGACCCUGCUCAAGAAUCCGCCGACCAGUGACGAGAAGAAGUCCUUGAUCUAUGGACGUGAUCGGGCUCAGGUACGUUAUGUCACCUAUCAAAACUACGAUGAAGACGAAUAAACGGAAACGAUUAAAGAAAAUGCAAUGUCGCCUACAAGUGCGGCCAAAAAUGAAACAAAAAAAGAUAAUAAGUAACUAAAAGAUAAAAAUCCAAAAAAAAUAUGGAGUAGAGAGGCAGAAAAGUAUCCAUAACCACAACCAACAAUAUCAGCAAUAUCAUAUGAAUUUUCGAUUGAAAACAAAAAAGUUAUUCUUGUUCAAUGUUAUGCUAUAGUCUUAAUAUAAACUCCCCGAACCAUAUCAAGAAUUCACCUCCCCCUCGAAAUAUUUGCACACGUUAUACUCAAGCACACUGAAAGAAAUAGAUUGUGAAAGUUAUAGGCUCUGAGAAUGAGCACUUUGUUCGAUUCGACGGGUAAAAUUAUAUAGUUUCAUUAGAGAAGAUUAGAAAACCAAAAGCCAAAGAACCCUACUACGUGUUGGAGGCAAUUUAUGAUCCAAAUGGAAACAAGAAAUCUACGGAUUUCGGGAAGAAAGUGCAGAAGAGCUCUCGGAGCUACGAAGAGUCCUUCCUCGGAAGACUCUACUCCCAGCAGGGAAGGUUUAAUGGUUUUUCCAAAAAGCAAGCGCCAGCAAUUGCAUUGAUUUAAUGGUUUUUGUUUUUAAGAGAACAAAUCUAUAUUUAAGGAUUAAAACUAAGAA